GUGGAACCUCAACCCAGCACGUUAUUGUGAUAGAGUCUGUAGAUGCAGAGGCUGUAGGGUCUGGGGUCAAGCUGGAGAGGUCUGAAGGAGAGGACCCAGGGCAAAGCAGAGACAUCCAGACUGGAGCGGCUGGAGUGCUCCCUGUAGCCACGGAGGACCCCACCACCACGCCGCCCAGAACCCGACGCAGCAUCACGGAGGUCUGUGGAACGCCGACCGCUGUCCUCAAGUCUGACACUGAGACCAUAACUGUAGCACAAACGCUUUUACAAACAGGAUCUGACCACAGAUCAGAUCCAGAGAGACUGGGGCUGGGGCCACUGGGCUGUCCUCCUGCUCCUGGCUCAGAGUACCYACCGGUAUUUCACCAGAGCCAGAAGACUAAUUCCCGUGGAAAUACUGAUGGUGAUGCGUUAGACACUGGCGGUGAUGAUCUGUCUUGUUUUUACACUACAGAGAUGGACCCUGGCAACAUAUCCUUGGGUUUAGAGACACAGACUGAUCUGUCUAGAGGGGACUGGAACCAAUACAGCAGUAGUGUAUACUCUGAAGGAUGCCAAGAUAAGAAAGGGGAGGUUAUAGCGGUAGAUGAAGUGAGUGUGAAAGUGGAGGGCGACGCUCCUCUUACAUGGAAUGCAGACGAGACUCACUUAGGAGAAGGACACUCACAAGGCAGAGAUUUCUUAGAUUACAGGGAAAGCUUAGAGACAAAUCCAAAUGUCUCGAGCCUCUCCCCUUUACACACGCUCAGUGAUCGUGCCCCAGUGUCCACGUCGAAGGGGCCUUCCGAUUCACACGGCCGCGUCCUUUUCGAUCAGGUAUUGAAYUCAAAYGACAGGGCUAGAGCCCAGGCUCAGGGAAGGGGAGCAACAUCAGGCAAUAGUAAAGAGAAACGGUUCCUCUGCAUGUUCUGUAACAAAGGCUUCAGCUGCCUCCAGAAGGUGGAGAUCCACCAGAGGGUCCACACAGGKGUGAAACCCUUCAGCUGUACCCAAUGCGAUAUGCGCUUCGCUGAGGCUGGCAGCCUGAAGAGGCACCAGAGGGUCCACACAGGGGAGAAACCCUACAGCUGUACCCAGUGUCACAUGCGCUUCACCCAGGCUGGCAGCCUGAAGAGGCACCUGAAGGUCCACAUGGGAGAAAGGCUGUUCGCCUGAGGUUCUCAGAGAAGAGCUACCUCAGGAUACCCUAGCAGAAAAACUAUUCCACUUCAUAGCUUAUUACGUUUAGAUCAAACCCUUCAUUGUAGUGAGCAGAAAAGAUCCACAGAUGCAUUUUGAAUAACGAGAGUAAAAGAUUUCAUUGUUGAAUAUUUCUGGGUAGAAUAUUGUAUCCAGACAUUGUGUGAUAUACACUGAGUGUACAAAACAUUAAGAACACAUUGCUAAUAUCGAGUUGCACCCCCCUUUUUGCCCUCAAAACAACCUCAAUUAGUCGGACAUGGACUCGAAAGCGUUCCACAGGGAUGCUGGCCCAUGUUGACUCCAAUGCUUCCGACAGUUAUCAAGUUGGCUGUAUGUCC